UUUUUUGUUUCCACAUGUUGCGAAUCCCAAUCUUUCCACUCGCCAAUUCGCUCGAUCUCCAAUCUGGCAAAUCCCCUCAUCUCUCACACAACCUCCGAAUCAAACGCUGAAUCGCGCCAAAUUUACUCUUGAUCUAUCUCCAAACCCGCCGCUAUCUCUCAUCCUGCUAUUGCAAUUUCAUCCAAAACUUGCUCCCUCGGAAGCCAUCACCAUGGCCGCGGAGGCGGGCAGUCGGCGCGGGGCGGCGGCGCGGAGGAAGGCGAAGGAGGCGGCGGUGGGCGCCGCCGCGAGGGUUCUCUUCUACCCGACACUGCUGUACAACGUGGUGCGGAGCAAGGUCCAGGCCGAGUUCCGGUGGUGGGACGAGUUCGUUUUGCUCGGAGCGGUUCCAUUCCGCAGCGAUGUAACACGCUUACAGAAGCUUGGGAUAUGUGGUGUGAUAACCUUAAAUGAACCAUUUGAGACUUUGGUACCAUCAUCUAUGUAUAAGUCACGUGGGAUCGAUCACCUUGUUAUUCCUACAAGAGAUUAUAUGUUUGCUCCUUCACUUGUGGAUAUUAAUCAAGCUACUGAUUUCAUUCAUAGAAAUGCGUCUUGUGGGAAAAUAACAUAUAUUCACUGCAAAGCUGGAAGGGGCCGGAGUACAACAGUCGUCUUGUGCUAUCUGGUCAAAUACAAGAAUAUGACACCUGCUGCAGCUUUCGAGCAUGUACGGUCUAAAAGGGCUCGAGUGCUGUUGACACAUUCGCAAUGGAAGGUGGCUUUGAUUGUUGCAGGCUGUUCAAGAAUUCAGCAAGAAGAACACGGACCGUCCUGCUCUCACGAGCGGUCCCGCAACAGCAUCUCCAGCACGGGACGCGGCACCGGUAACAGUAGCGGAUCUGAACGGCAAUAAUGCUCCAGAGUUUCUUGCGGAGGAUGCCAGCUUGUCUAGACGCAACACCACACCGUCGAGGCCAACGAUUAAGAUGCUGUCAUGCUUGUUUCCUUCUCGCGUCUGAUGAAUGGUCGCUGGACGUCGGGUGUCCGAGGCGCAUGCGUGGUAGCCCCCGGUCGAUCUGUCCGCGAAGCGGUGUGCAGUGCAGGACGGCGGCAGCAUACCUUUCCGAAAAGAAAACGGCAUCAGCAUUGGCGUUAGUCAUAUACUUGUCCAUAUUCACCCGAUUUGCCUGUAUAUAUAUAUACCUUCGUCAUGUGGAAAUUCGUUGUUGAGAAUUGAGAUGCAUCUCUUACCCGCACUUGAAUGAAUGGCCUGUGAAUCUA